UCCACCCAGUUUAUCAACCUUUUGGGAAAUGAUACAAAAAAAGAUGUCCUUGUACACAAUAGAAAACCCCCCCUCUGACGAACUAUACAAUAAUUGGAUUUAUACCAACGAAGAAAAAAGUAAGAACUUAAGCAACGAAUUUAUAAACCGAAUCGAGGCUCUAGACGGAGGAUCCCUUUCUUUGAAUCUACUUGAAAAAAAAACUAGAUUGUGUAAUGAUGAAACCAGGCAAGAAUAUUUGCCUAAAAUGUAUGAUCCUUUCUUGAACGGAUCGUCUCGUGGAACAAUCAAAAAAGGGUUUUCACCUUCAAUCAUAAAUGAAACUUACAUAGAAAAUUUUAUAGAAAAAAUUUGGAUAAAUAAGAUUCACGGUAUCCUUUUUACUGAUACAGAUUAUCGAGAAUUUGAACAAAAAAUAAAUACAUUUGAUAAAAAAUUAUUAUCAAUAGACAAAAGAAUUGAUGGAGCAAAAUUUUUGAAAUUUUUAUUCAAUGGAAUUAUAAAUGAUCCUAAUGAUCAAAAAAUGAGAAAAAAAUCUAUUGAAAUACAAGAAAUCAUUAAAAAAGUUCCUCGGUGGUCAUACAAAUUAAUCAACGAUUUGGAACAACAACAGGAAAGAGAAAAUGAAGAAGACGGGACGGUGCAACAGCAGAUUCGCUCAAGAAAAGCGAAACGUGUAGUGAUUUUUACUAAUAACCAACAAAAUAUCGAUACUGAGACUGAAAAUUCUAAUCAAAAAGAUGAAGUGGCUUUAAUACGUUAUUCACAACAAUCGGAUUUUCGUCGAAACAUAAUCAAAGGUUCUAUGCGCGCUCAAAGACGUAAAAUAGUUAUUGAGGAACUGUUUCAAGCAAAUGUGCAUUCCCCCCUUUUUUUGGACAGAAUAGACAAAUCCCUCCUUUUUUCUUUUGAUAUCUCCAGACUAAUGAAACUCAUUUUGAAAAAUGGGAUGGGAAAAAAAGAAGAAUUCAAAAUUUUAGAUUAUACAGAAGAACCAAUAAAAGAAGGAAAAAAAAAAGAAGAGAACAAACGAAAGGAGAAAACGCGGAUAGAAAUAGCAGAAGCCUGGGAUACCAUUCCGCUUGCUCAAGUAAUAAGAGGUUCCAUGUUAGUAACUCAAUCGAUUUUUAGAAAAUAUAUUAUAUUACCUUCAUUGAUAAUAGCUAAAAAUAUUGGCCGUAUUUUAUUAUUGCAAUUUCCCGAGUGGUCUGAGGAUUUAAAAGAAUGGGCUGGCGAAAUGCAUGUUAAAUGCACCUAUAACGGUGUUCAAUUAUCAGAAACAGAAUUUCCGAAAAAUUGGUUACUAGAUGGUAUUCAGAUAAAAAUCUUAUUUCCUUUCUGUCUGAAACCUUGGCACAAACCAAAGCUACGGCCCUUCCAUAAAGAUCGAAUGAAAAAGAAAGGAAAAGUAAAAAAAGCCGAUUUUUGUUUUUUAACAGUUUGGGGAAUGGAAACCGACCUUCCUUUUGGUUCUCCUCGAAAACGGCCUUCUUUUUUUGAACCCAUUUUUAAGGAACUCGAAAAUCAAAUUGGUCAAUUGAAAAAUAAGUCUUUUAUAGUUCUAAGAGUUUUAAAAGAAAGAAUCGAAUUCUUUCUAAGGGUGUUAAACGAAACAAAAAAAUGGGUUAUCAAAAGCAUUCUAUUUAUAAAAAGAAUACUAAAAGAACUUUCAAAAGUAAAUUUAAUUCUAUUAUUUAGAUUGAAAGAAGUAGAUGAGUCGAGUGAAACUAAAAAAGAAAAAGAUUCUACAAUCAACGAUCAGAAAAUUCAUGAAUCGUUUAGUCAAAUUCGAUCUACGAAUUGGACAAAUUAUUCACUGACAGAAAAAAAAAUGAAAGAUCUAACUGAUAGAACAAGCACAAUAAGAAAUCAAAUAGAAAGAAUUACAAAAGAGAAAAAAACAAAAACUCCAGGAAUAAAUAUUAGUCCUAACAAAACAAGUUAUAAUGUUAAAAGAUUAGAAUCACCAAAAACUAUUUGGCAAAUGUUAAAAAGAAGAAACGUUCGAUUACUCCGUAAAUUACAUUAUUUUAUAAAAUUUUUCAUUGAAAAGAUAUCCAUGGAUAUCUUUCUAUAUAUCAUUAAUAUUCCCAGAAUCAAUACACAACUUUUUCUUGCAUCAUCAACAAACAAAAUUAUUGAUAAAUACAUUUACAAUAAUGAAACAAAUCAAGAAAGAAUUGCUAAAAGAAAUAAAACUACAAUUCACUUCAUUUCCACUAUAAAAAAGUCACUUUAUAAUAUUAGUAAUAAUAAUAAAAAUUCACAGAUUUUUUGUGACUUACCCUCCUUGUCACAAGCAUAUGUAUUUUACAAAUUAUCCCAAACCCAAGUUAUUAACUUGUAUAAAUUAAGAUCUGUUCUUCAAUAUCACGGAACAUCUUUUUUUCUUAAGAAUACAAUAAAGGAUUAUUUUGGAACACAAGGUAUAUUUCAUUUCGAAUUAAGCCAUAAGAAACUUCGGAAUUCUGGAAUGAAUCAAUGGAAAAAUUGGUUAAAAGGUCAUUAUCAAUACGAUUUCUCUCGGAUUAAAUGGUCUAGAUUAAUACCACAAAAAUGGCGAAAUAGAGUCAAUCAACGUCGUACAGCUCAAACUAAAGAUUUAAACAAACGGGAUUCAUAUGAAAAAGACCAACUAAUUCAUUACAAAAAACAAAAAGAUUAUGAAAUAUAUUCAUUGCCGAAUGAAAAAGACAAUUUUCAAAAAAACUAUAGAUAUGAUCUUUUAUCAUAUAAAUCUAUUAAUUAUGAAAAUAAGAGGAACUCAUAUCUUUAUGGAUCACCGUUCGAAGUAACUAAGAACCAAGAAAUUUCUUAUAAUUACAAUACACAUAAACACAAAUUAUUUGAUAUGCCGGAGAUUACCACUAUCAAUAAUUAUCUAGGAGAAGGUGAUAUUGGGUAUAUGGGAAAAAAUCCGGAUAGAAAAUAUUUUGAUUGGAAAAUUAUACAUUUUUGUCUUAGAAAAAAAGUCGAUAUUGAAGCAUGGAUCGAAAUAGAUACCAACAGUAAUAAAAAUACUAAAACCGGCACUAAGAAUUAUCAAAUAAUUCAUCAAAGUGAUAAGAAAGAUCUUUUUUAUCUUCCGAUUCAUCAAGAUCCCGAAAGUAAUCCACCCAACCAAAACAAAAUCUUUUUAGAUUGGAUGGGAAUGAAUGAAGAAAUACUAAAUCGUCCCAUAUUGAAUCUGGAAUUUUGGUUCUUCCCAGAAUUUUUGUUACUUUAUAAUAUAUAUAAAAUAAAACCAUGGGUUAUACCAAGCAAAUUGCUUCUUUUAAACUUAACUAUAACUGACAAUUUGAGUAAAAAUAAAAACAUCAACGGAAAGCAACAAAGGAAUCUUUUUAUACCACCGAAUAAAAAACAAUCUUUUGAAUUAAAGAUAAAGAAUAUAAAUCAAGCAGAAAACGAAAAAGAACCCGCAGGCCAAGGGGAUCUUGGAUCAGAUGCACAAAACAAAAAAUAUCUUGGGUCCCCUCUCUCAAACCAACAAAACGAUAUUGAAGAAGAGUAUCCGGAAUCAGAUAUGAAAAAACGUACAAAUAAAAAACAAUACAAGAAUAACACGGAAGCAGAACUCCAUUUCUUCUUGAACAAGUAUUUGCUUUUUCAAUUGAGAUGGAAUGAGACUUUGAAUCAAAGAAUGAUCAAUAAUAUCAAAGUAUAUUGUCUCCUGCUUAGACUGAGAAAUCCAAAAGAAAUUGCUAUAUUCUCGAUUCAAAGAAGAGAAAUAAGUCUGGAUAUAAUGCUGAUUCAAAAGAAUUUAACUCUUACAGAAUUGAUGAAAAAGGGAAUAUUGAUUAUCGAACCCGUUCGUCUGUUUUUAAAAAACGACGGACAAUUUAUUAUGUAUCAAACCCUCGGUAUUUCAUUGGUUCAUAAGAGUAAGCACAAAACUAAUCAAAGAUACCGAGAAAAAGAAUAUCUUGAUAAGAAGAACUUUGAUGAAUUCAUUGCAAAACAUCAAAAGAUAACUGGAAAUAUAGACAAAAAUCAUUAUGAUUUGCUUAUUCCUGAAAAUAUUUUAUCAUCUAGACGUUGUAGAGAGUUGAGAAUUCUAAUUUGUUUCAAUUCAAAGAAUAGAAAUGGUAUGGAUAGAAAUCCAGUAUUUUGCAACGGGAACAGCAUAAAAGACUGGGGUCCAUUUUUGGAUGAAAAUCCGCAUCUUGAUAGCGAGAAAAAUAAAUUAAUUAAAUUAAAGUUUUUCCUUUGGCCCAAUUAUCGAUUAGAAGAUUUAGCUUGUAUGAAUCGUUAUUGGUUUGAUACCAAUAAUGGAAGUCGUUUCAGUAUGUUAAGGAUACAUAUGUAUCCACGAUUGAAACUUUGUUGAUGGUACAUUUUUCCUCUAUAUCCUCUAUCAUAUCUAGUAUCUAAAAGCAAACAAAACAAAUGCGCACAUGCCUUGUCUUACACUAAUAUACGAUACCAAUUCAAUGACGUAUCCAUUCGAUAUAGAAAUGAAUCUUCUUUAUUUUAGGCCUAAAUUAUUCUCUUUCGUAAGUGCAGAAAUGUAUUAUCCUUUUGUAUUCCUAUCCGACUCCAAUUUUAAAUUGAAUUGAUUAUUGAUUCAUUUUACUUGAUAAAAUUGGAGUCCAUAAAGAAAUUUAGAUUAUUGUGUAUAUCAGAUUAAAAUGACUAGCCUUAUUAUUAUUACUGAUCGGUAAAAUUAAUAUAUGUAAAAGGGGGGUUCUUUUAUGGUAAAAAAUCCAUUCAUCUCGGUUAUUUCCCAAGAAAAAGAAGAAAAGAGGGGGUCCGUUGAAUUUCAAGUAUUCGUGUUCACCAAUAAGAUACAGAGACUUACUUCCCAUUUGGAAUUGCACAAAAAAGACUAUUUAUCUCAGAGGGGUCUGCGGAAAAUUCUGGGAAAACGUCAACGGCUAUUGGCUUAUUUGUCAAAAAAAAAUA